AUGGGCACGGAGCACACGCCGGCAAAUGUCGAGAAGAUAAAAGGAGUGAUGGAUGGGAUCAUAGGAGAUCUGGAAGGGUAUCUCGAGAUGUACAAGAGCCAUGCAAGGUUCCUCCGAGGUAGAAUCAGCAGGGAUAAGCAAGAAGGAGAGGUUCUUCUCCAAACAGUGACGUCCACACUGAACGAGAUGAAGGAAAGGAACGAAAGACUAGUUGACGAAAGGAAUGGACUUAGGCUGAGGAUUGAGCAAGAUGUAAGGGACCUAAGGGCUUCUGAGGAUGAAAAACAUGAGCUUGUGAACCAGAUCCGAGAGCUCGAGAUGGGAAAUCUCAACCUUAAGGAAGUCUUCCGAGAGAAGAAAAGCAUUGAAAACGCCUUUACAAAGAAGAUGGAACUUGUUUCGGAAAGGAGUAGGCAAAGAGAGGUCCUUAUGGAGGCGAAGGCCGAAUGGUUUAGAAGAUAUUUGGGAAUGGACAUCAUUCCUGUCCGGGAGAAUGUAAUCAAGAUUGUCUUCAGCAGAAUAUGCCCUGAAGACAGUGUGGAGUGUUUUGUAACUCUGGACCUGUCUCUGGAAGGGCCUGUUGUUGAUCUGUUUCCUAGGAUGUAUGAUCUUGAAAAGGCCAACAACCUGUUCCGAGAGCACAGCAACUUCCAUGACUUCCUAAGGACUGUGAGAAGGGAGUUCCGAAGAGAAUACUCUGGGGUGUGA